AUGUACGGCACCUCUACAGGGCCCCAGACGGGCAUUAAUACCCCGCGAUCCUCACAAUCUCUCCGCCCUCUCAUCCUGUCCCACGGCUCCCUCGAGUUCUCAUUUCUAGUCCCGACCUCCCUACAUUUCCAUGCGCAACAACUCAGGGAUUCCUUUUCAGCUUCUUUACCUGCCCCCACCGAUGAACUGGCUCAGGAUGACGAGCCUUCAUCUGUGCAGGAGCUCGUUGCUAGGUAUUUGGGCUACGUUGCUAGCCAAGUAGAAGAAGGCGAGGAUGACGCACAGGGCUCUUAUGUCGAGGUAUUGAAGCUUGUCCUAAACGAAUUCGAGCGCGCGUUUAUGCGGGGCAACGAUGUACAUGCCAUCGCCUCUACGCUUCCAGGAAUCACUUCAAAGAAACUCCUCGUCGUACAGUCAUAUUAUGCGGGUCGUGCGGCAGCAAAUCGGCCCACCAAACCACACGAUUCUGCCUUGCUGCGUGCUGCAGCAGAUGGUAAUGCACAACUGUACAGCGUCUUUGGCGGCCAGGGAAACAUCGAGGAAUAUUUUGAUGAGCUCCGGGAAAUCUACACCACAUAUCCUUCCUUUGUGGAGGAUUUCAUUGCGUCUUCUGCAGAGCUUCUGCAGUCUCUCUCGCGUGACCCGGAUGCCAUCAAGCUCUACUCCAAAGGGAUGGAUGUUGUACGAUGGCUUGAGGACCGCGACUCUCAGCCAGACACGGAUUACCUGGUGUCUGCGCCCGUUAGUCUUCCCCUGAUCGGUCUGGUCCAGCUAGCACAUUAUGUGACUACGUGUAAGGUUAUGGGAAAACAGCCUGGCGAAGUCCUGGAGAGAUUCAGCGGGACCACGGGCCAUUCCCAGGGCAUUGUCACUGCAGCUCUGAUCUCUACGGCUACCACGUGGGACACAUUUUACAAAGCCUCCAAAAGCGCUUUGACGAUCCUCUUCUGGAUCGGAAUGCGAAGCCAGCAAGCAUACCCGCGAACCUCCCUUGCCCCUUCUAUCCUUCAAGAUUCAGUUGAGAACGGCGAAGGGGUUCCAACACCAAUGCUGUCAAUUCGAGAUCUUGCUCGCUCCGCUGUCCAAGAGCACAUCGAUGCCACCAACCAGCAUUUGCCUCAAGAUCGACAUAUUGCCAUCUCGCUGGUAAACAGUGCUCGCAACUUUGUAGUAACCGGCCCUCCCAUAUCUCUUUACGGUCUCAAUCUUCGAUUGCGCAAGGUUAAGGCUCCCACCGGAUUAGAUCAGACUCGUGUGCCUUAUACACAGCGAAAGGUUCGAUUUGUCAAUCGCUUCCUCCCAAUCACCGCACCGUUCCACAGCCAAUACCUCGCCUCUGCUUUCGAACAAAUCACAGAAGACUUAGAGGAUCUGGCCAUUCCAUCCAAGUCCCUGCGUAUCCCCGUGUACGAUACCAAUACCGGUGAAGACUUGCGCGACAGAGACGAAGAUAUUGUCCCGGCUUUGAUUCGCAUGAUCACGAGAGACCCCGUCAACUGGGAGAAUGCAACUGUCUUUCCCAAGGCAACUCAUGUCCUAGACUUCGGCCCUGGAGGAAUUUCAGGGCUGGGCGUCUUGACUAAUCGCAACAAAGAUGGUACUGGUGUUCGGGUUAUCCUUUCUGGAGCAAUGGAUGGCACUAACGCGGAAGUUGGCUACAAACCGGAGUUGUUUGACCGGGAUGAGGAACAUGCUGUCAAAUAUGCUGUGGAUUGGGUUAAGGAGCACGGCCCGCGGCUAGUUAAAACAUCCGUUGGCCAGACAUUUGUCGACACGAAAAUGAGCAGGCUGCUUGGAGUCCCUCCCGUCAUGGUUGCCGGUAUGACUCCUACAACGGUCCCCUGGGACUUUGUCGCUGCGACUAUGAAUGCAGGGUACCAAAUCGAACUCGCUGGUGGUGGAUACUACAAUGCUAAAACGAUGACGGAAGCUCUUAACAAGAUCGAGAAGAACAUCCCUCCUGGCCGCGGUAUAACUGUUAACUUGAUUUACGUCAACCCGCGCGCUAUGGGGUGGCAAAUCCCGUUGAUUGGCAAACUGCGUGCGGACGGCGUUCCGAUUGAAGGUCUGACGAUUGGUGCAGGUGUGCCGUCUAUCGAAGUCGCCAACGAAUACAUCCAAACUCUCGGAAUCAAGCAUAUCGGUUUCAAGCCGGGCUCUAUGGAUGCUAUCCAGCAGGUGGUCAACAUCGCUAAAGCAAACCCCACUUUCCCUGUGAUCAUGCAGUGGACUGGUGGUCGUGGUGGCGGCCAUCAUUCGUUCGAGGAUUUCCAUCAGCCAAUUCUGCAGAUGUACAGCCGCAUUAGGAGAUGUGACAAUAUCGUGCUGGUCGCUGGUAGCGGAUUCGGCGGGUCUCAAGAUACCUACCCUUACUUGACCGGAUCCUGGUCGAGGGAAUUUGGAUACCCCCCAAUGCCGUUCGAUGGAUGCCUCUUUGGUAGUCGCAUGAUGACCGCCAAGGAAGCACAUACUUCCAAGGCCGCCAAACAGGCCAUUGUUGAAGCUGAGGGUGUUGACGAUAGUCGCUGGGAAGAUACAUAUAGCGGCCCUGCUGGUGGUGUCAUCACCGUUCGUUCCGAGAUGGGCGAGCCAAUUCACAAGCUGGCCACGCGUGGUGUCCGUUUCUGGCACGAGAUGGACCAGAAGAUCUUCUCACUGGAUAAGGCUAAACGUCUGCCAGAGUUAAAAAAGCAACGCGACUAUAUCAUUAAGAAGUUGAAUGCUGAUUUCCAGAAGGUCUGGUUUGGGCGCAACUCGCAGGGCGACACUGUGGAUUUGGAAGAUAUGACAUAUACCGAGGUCGUGCAUCGCAUGGUAGACCUCAUGUAUGUGAAGCAUGAAUCGAGAUGGAUUGAUGACUCUUUGAAACGACUCACGGGCGAUUUCAUCCGACGUAUUGAGGAGCGGUUUACUUCCGUCGAGGGACAACCAUCACUGCUACAAAAUUAUUCGCAGCUCGAUACCCCUUACCCGUCCGUCGACAAGAUUCUAAACGCGUACCCAGAAGCGACGUCACAGUUGAUCUCUGCACAAGAUGUUCAGCACUUCCUUCUUCUCUGCCAGCGCCGUGGUCAGAAGCCUGUGCCGUUUGUCCCAUCACUAGAUGAAAAUUUUGAAUUCUGGUUCAAGAAGGACUCCCUCUGGCAGUCCGAGGACCUCGAAGCCGUUGUGGGCCAAGAUGUGGGACGCGUGUGUAUUCUCCAAGGUCCUAUGGCUGCUAAGUACUCCAACACAAUCGACGAGCCCGUCAAAGAUAUCCUCGAUGGCAUUCACAAUGACCAUAUCAAAGGUCUUGUGAAUGACGUCUACGGCGGGAAUGAAUCCAACGUCCCUGUCAUCGAGUACUUCGGCGGACAGCUGCUGCUAGAAACCGACGGCGAGAGCGAUAUCGACGGCCUAACCGUCUCCGAGGAUGUUACCAAAGUCUCUUAUCGCCUCUCACCUUCUACAUCCACCAACCUCCCUGAUCUCGACCGCUGGUUGCAUCUGCUUGCGGGCAGGACCUACUCAUGGCGUUAUGCUAUGUUCACCACUGAGGUUUUCAUCCAGGGCCAGAAGUUCCAGACGAACCCGGUGAAGCGGAUUCUUGCACCAACUCCAGGCAUGUUUGUUGAGAUCCAAUACCCCAACGACUCGCGCAAAACCAUUAUCAGUGUCCGCGAGCCGUCCCCCGCCGGAAAACUCGUCAAGACAGUCGAAGUGCGAACAAACGGCGAGCGAGAAAUCUCCCUGACCUUGUUUGAGGGACGAACUGCUGAGGGUGGCGUCGUGCCGCUCUGCUUCCGUUUCACAUAUCAUCCGGAAACAGGAUACGCGCCCAUUCGCGAAGUCAUGGAUGAUCGAAAUGACCGAAUCAAGGAGUUUUAUUAUCGUAUUUGGUUUGGCGAACGGAAUGUCCCCUUCGAUACUCCCGCAACCGCAAUCUUUGAUGGCGGCAAGGCCACUGUUACGAGCCAAGCGAUUGCUGAUUUCGUGCACGCUGUCGGAAAUACUGGUGAGGCGUUCGUUGAUCGACCUGGAAAAGAAGUGUUUGCACCCAUGGAUUUCGCCAUCGUUGUUGGAUGGAAGGCCAUCACGAAGCCCAUAUUCCCCCGCGUCAUUGAUGGCGAUCUAUUGAAGCUGGUGCAUCUGUCCAAUGGUUUCAGGAUGAUUCCUGGCUCCGAGCCGCUGAAAGUUGGCGAUGUACUUGAAACUACGGCACAAGUUAAUGCGGUGAUUAACCAGGAUUCCGGGAAGAUGGUUGAAGUCUGUGGGACAAUUAGGAGGGAGGGCAAGCCGAUUAUGGAGGUUACAAGUCAGUUUUUGUAUCGUGGGUCCUAUAAUGAUUAUGAGACUACCUUCCAGCGCAAGGAGGAGGUCCCCAUGCAGAUCCAUCUAGCUUCAUCCAAGGAUGUCGCUGUGCUACAAUCGAAGGAAUGGUUCCGCCUCGAUGAACCUGAUGUGGAUCUCCUCGGCCAGAUGCUCACGUUCCGUCUACAAAGUCUUGUCCGUUUUAAAAACCAAACUAUCUUUAGCAGCGUGCAAACAAUCGGCCAAGUGCUCAUCGAACUGCCCACCAAGGAAGUCAUCCAAGUUGCCUCCGUAGAGUACGAAGCCGGUACCUCUCACGGAAACCCGGUCAUCGACUACCUCCAACGCCACGGCUCAGCUAUCGAGCAACCAGUCAACUUCGAGAACCCGAUCCCACUCAGCGGAAAAACGCCGCUUACCCUCCGCGCGCCCGCGUCAAAUGAAACCUAUGCGCGCGUCUCGGGCGAUUACAACCCUAUCCAUGUCUCCCGCGUGUUCUCCAGCUACGCCAAUCUGCCCGGCACAAUCACACAUGGCAUGUAUACCAGUGCCGCGGUGCGGAGUCUCGUCGAGACGUGGGCUGCAGAGAACAACAUCGGGCGUGUUCGCAGUUUCCACGCUUCGCUGGUUGGGAUGGUGUUGCCAAACGAUGACCUUGUUGUCGUCCUCCAGCACAUCGGCAUGGUAGCUGGCCGGAAAAUCAUCAAGGUUGAAGCAAGCAACCAGGCGACGGAAGAAAAAGUGCUGCUCGGCGAAGCUGAAGUGGAGCAGCCGGUAUCCGCAUAUGUGUUUACGGGCCAAGGUUCGCAAGAACAAGGAAUGGGUAUGGACCUUUAUAAUUCCAGCGCCGUCGCCAAGGAAGUCUGGGAUCGUGCUGAUAAGCACUUCAUCGAGAAUUACGGCCUGUCGAUCAUCAACAUUGUCAAGAACAACCCGCAGGAACUGACUAUUCACUUCGGUGGACCCCGCGGCAAAAUCAUCCGUCAGAAUUACAUGGCCAUGACAUUCGAGACUGUCAAUGCCGACGGGACCAUUAAGUCCGAGAAGAUCUUCAAGGACAUCGAUGAAAAUAGCAUCUCGUACACCUACCGGUCGCCCACCGGUCUUCUCUCGGCCACACAAUUCACCCAGCCAGCCCUGACAUUGAUGGAAAAGGCCAGCUUCGAGGACAUGCGAUCCAAGGGCCUCGUGCAGCGCGACAGCAGUUUCGCUGGACACUCGUUGGGCGAGUACUCCGCGCUUGCAGCACUGGCUGACGUGAUGCCGAUCGAAUCACUCGUGUCUGUGGUAUUCUACCGUGGUCUGACGAUGCAAGUGGCCGUUGAGCGGGACGAGCUGGGCCGGUCUAAUUACUCUAUGUGCGCGGUAAACCCGAGUCGGAUCUCGAAGACGUUUAAUGAGCAGGCGUUGCAAUACGUUGUGGAGAAUAUUGCAGAGCAAACAGGGUGGUUGUUGGAGAUUGUCAACUACAACAUUGCGAAUUUGCAGUAUGUCUGUGCGGGAGAUCUCCGGGCCCUGGACACCCUCACCAACGUCCUCAACGUCCUUAAAGCCCAAAAAAUAGACAUAACAACCCUAAUGUCCACAAUGUCCAUCGAUGAUCUGCGCGCCCACCUCGUCGAAAUCAUCACCUCCUGCUCCCAACUCACCAACUCCAAACCGCAACCCAUAACCCUUGAACGCGGCUUCGCUACCAUCCCACUCAAAGGCAUCGACGUCCCAUUCCACAGCACUUUCCUACGCUCCGGCGUGAAGCCGUUCCGAUCCUUCCUGCUCAAAAAGAUUAACAAAACCACCAUCGACCCGAGCAAAUUAAUUGGGAAGUAUAUUCCGAACGUCACUGCGAAGCCGUUCGAGUUGACUAAGGAGUAUUUUGAGGAUGUGUAUAAGUUGACAAAUUCGCCGAGGAUUGGGGCUGUGCUUGCAAACUGGGGGAAAUAUGAAGACGGGGAGAAAUAAACAGUUUAGAAACUUUUCACGAGUGGGAACGAAUAGAUGGUAUAUAGGCAAGGAGGAAGCUGAAGUAGAAAAUAUGUAGGCGUUGUUGUUUUAUGCUCUAUGUUUUAGAUAUCUUUACGUUUAUGGAUGAUGUUUUCAUUUUCAAGUUUUAAUGUUGUGCUCCGAUGUUCUGUUUCUAUUUGUUUCCUUUUAAUCCUACUUAAUAUAUUUUUCCCGAUG